AUGAGGUUCGGCGGCAUUUUUGUUUUGGGUGCUUUCAGUUUGGCUUCGGCGGCUGUCGCGCAGGAUAUUGUUAUUCCGCCAUAUGUAUCCAGAACCAAUCCAGAUUUCACGGGGUCCUUGAUUACCACUGCUUCUUCGCUACAAGGUACAGUUGUUAUUGUCACAACUUCAAAUAAUGAAGUGGUUACUCUCUCUGUCUCCGGCAGUCCUUACACUCCUCCUUCCACUACAUCUACCUCUACAUCUUCCUCUACAUCUCCCUCAACAUCUACCUCUACUUCUACAUUUACCUCUACAUCCACUACUCCUUCUACCACAACGACCCCAACCUCUACCCCAAUUACUACUUCGACAUUAUCGCCAACUUCAACACCAACUUCAACCUCCACUACCGGCCGGGAUACUCCAUCUACUACACCACUUGACAGCCAUACCGUCACUUCAACAAUCACUACGACAAGAAGGGAGCCUACUGCUACCAGCUACACACCUUCGUCUAUAAUUGAUACAGUUAUCAAUGGACACGUUUAUAUCACAACAACUUUACAGAUCCCUGCUUCGGUUGAAACUCAGGCAGUCAACACGUUGUUUUCUACAGUUCAAAGUGUUCAACGUCCAUCUACUACCACCCAUUUCGUUGAAUCUACAGAGUUCAAUACUGUUGUCGCACAGCAUUCAUCAACAUCAGUUAACAGAGUAGCUGUUGAUACUAGAUAUGAAUCAGUGUUGCUCUUCACUACUGAUUCUUGGACGACUACAUCUCAAAAAUUGCAUACGUCAGUUCAAUAUAAGGAGUCGACUAUCACUUCUUCAAAAACUAAUGUUGUUACAGGUACUAUUCGGAUUGAAGAUGUCAUUACUACUUUAACAAAUACUUUGACUCCUCCAAUCCCAUAG